UUUACCAGCAAACUGUUUCCUGCUCUUAAGGCUUCUUGCGACUGAAAUCCCUCAAUUUCUCCUCAGCGAGACGUGGCUGGAGGUGCUGGGCAGCCUGAGGUGACCACGAGCACCAGUGGGAGGCACACGUAGCUCCCACUGUUGGGGUCUCACCAUGUCUUCCCUUUGGAGCUCGCUGGAAAAAGAUGUGUUCAACCCCCAGAAAAAGAAGCUGCUGGAAACCGUUCGUGUCUGGAAGAUGGGGAAGAAGAAGAAGAUGUCCAUUCUCUGCGUUGUGGUGGACACCUUUAGGCCAAUGCAGCCGUUCCUGGUGAAGGUCAAGGUAGACCGAGGAGAGCAGUACAAGAUAGCCUACAGGUGGCCUUUGGCAGAGCUGAAGCUGGUAGAUGGCAAGACUCUCAACCAGGCAAGCCUGGAUUUUGAUCUGCACUUCGAUAAGGUGUACAAGUGGACCACUAGCAGCUUUGACGAGAAGAAAACCUUUAUCAGAUGCUUGUGGAAGCUGAGCCACCGAUUCCUCGCCGGCUCUGUCACCUUUGUGAAUGUCCCCUCCUGUGCAGCGGAAGGGAGACAAAGGCCCCAAGAAGACAGGAAGGAUGCUGCAGAGACCGAGAGCCAGGAGGAGCUCAGCGUGUACCAGGAGAUGACCCCAAAGGAAGCUGCUGAUGUGUUGAGGCUGAUGGAGGAGUACGAGCCCCUGGUGAACAACUCGGUGGCCUUUGCAGAGCAGCUGAGCAAGGACCUCCACGUGCUGGAUGAGGCCAACCUUAGAGCCAUUAUCUCCUCUGAGAAGCAGGUGACGCGGCUGAUGAGCUCCAUUGAUGAGGCUCUGGCAGAGGUGGCCAGAGUGGAGGAGACCUUGCAGAUCUACGAUGAGUUACUGGGAAGCGUGAAGCAGCAGAUGGACCACAUCCACCAGGAAAACUCCUUGCUACAUCGCAUCGUUUCCAACAAGACAAAGCUGAUGGAUGAGAUCCUCUUCCUCACGACCCAUCUCGACCUCAGCAGGGAACACUGUGAUGCCUUGAGCCAGGCGGAUCUUUCCAGCCCCAGCGGAGUGAGAGCCUGCAUCGCUGCAGCAGAGGCUUUGUCUGGCUGCAUGAACGUCCAGAUACAGCCCGGUUACCGGAAACUGCAGUCUGUGGCUGAGCAGCUGAUCAUGUUUGAAACACUCAAGCAGAACUUCGAAAGCUCUUUCAUUGGUCACAUUACUGGCAUCUUCGAGCUGCAGGGUAACGCUCAGGUCCCUGCUCUUGGUCAACCCGUUGACAAACUCUCUGCACCAAGCCAUGGACUCCACCAUGAGGAACUGGUCCCCUACACCCCGCUCAUGGCCUGGCUGAGGAAUGCCAACCCAGUUCUGUUCUCUGAUCUCCCCAAGGUCUAUGCCCAGAACCUCAGCAGACUCUAUGACCGGGAAAUCAAAGCCUUUUUUGAAAAAGCCAAGACCUUCUUGUUAGGAAGAAGAAAAGGAAGUCUUCAGGAAAGCUUAGAGAAGCCGCUGGCCAUGGGGAGCAGGCAGCAGGCCCGGUGGAGCCUCCCUGGGAGCAGAGAAGGUCAGGAGGACACACCGCUCAAACACAAUGUCACCAAGAUGUUGGAGCAAGUGCUGAGAGAGCUGCAGCCCCUUUGCACCGCGGAGCAGCAGUUCAUUGAGAAGUUCUUCCAGCUAAGCCAGGACACUGCAGACCUGCAGGUGCUGGAGACAUCGCCCGCUAAGGGAGGAGAGAACAUGGCAACUCCAGAGGACCCUCCUUGCACCAAGCCUCGGAGCCAGCUAGAAGAACCUACGAUCCGGCUGCUGAGCGAGAUCUUCAGUUCCCUGGAACCAGAGCUGAGAGGAUUUCUAGAUGUCUGCAAUAAGGUCCACCCAUUCGGCUGCUUGCAGGUCCUGGUUACCUUGAGUGACUCCGUCUUUGAGAUGUGGGGCUCUUCCUCAGCUCUCCCCUCGUCCUUCCUCAACACUGUCCUGGGCAACAUGUUGCUCCUGGCCAAGAGCAGCUUCAACAAAUGCAUUGGGACCUUGUGCAAAGAGAUCAAGGAGGCAAAGAUGCCCAGCAAGAUGAAGGGGGGGAUCCUGCCCUCCGUGAGCCGCUUUGAGGAGUUUGUGGACUUCUCAGAGGAGGUAUUCAGGACAGCUCAGCGGAGAGGGGAGCUGGACAAAGCGCACCUCGGGCUGGCCGACAGCGUCUUCAGCAGCAUCAAUAGUCUGUCCUCAGCAAACCUGAAGGUGAACACAGAUAUGGUCAUGAUGGAAAAUUUCCACCACAUUCACUGCUUCCUGUGCCAAAAGAAGAUCCACUGCUUGGAGGGCAAGAAGAGAGAAGCCAAGCAAAAGUAUAGUGAGCACAUGGAGAAAUACGUCAUCCAGUACCUGGGCCAGCCACUGGAGAAGCUCAAUCACUUCUUUGAAGGAGUGAAAGCCCGUGUGGCUCAAGGGGUGAAAGAAGAAGAGGUCAGCUUUCAGCUGGCCUACAGCAAGCAAGAGCUGAGGAAGGUGAUUGAAAAAUACCCUGGCAAAGAAGUAAAAAGAGCCCUUGAGACCCUCUACAGGAAAAUCCACAAGUAUCUCUCCCCAGAGGAAAACCUUCUGCCGGUGGUGUGGCACGCUAUGGAGCAGGAGUUCAUACGUCAGUACCAGGAGUUUGAGGAUCUGAUCCAACGCUGUUAUGCAGGGUCAGGGAUUGCCAUGGACUUCAACAUGGAGGACUUACUGAGCUACUUCAACUCCAUCACUCAGUCCAACAUGUAGAAGCAAUGUUGGAAGAAUGGAGCAAUGUAGAAGGACAUCCUUCUUGGGAUGUCUGUUGGAAGCAGCUCAGGAACCCUUGUCUGCAGCUACACCUCUAAGGAGCUAGACUCCAAACCCUUUCCAGGCUGAAGUUUGAUAUAUGGGGCUCCCACCCUGAAUUUAAUGCCAAAAUGCCUCUUACUUAUUGGUCUUAGGCAGGA